AUGGCUAAGACGAACGAGGACUCCAUCGGCGAAAACUGGGUGGAACAGACGCCAGCCACCCACGCAAAUGCCAACGAAGUCCACGGACGCGCCAUCCAGCAACAGGAACAUAACCGCACAUACUGGCAAACACUGAACAAAGAUCCCUGGCUGUUGUUUUGGAUUGGCUUGAUGCUGUGGACCCUUAUCGUCCGUGGGUUCGAGAAUCAGUCUGCCGGAGCAGUGAUCAGCAUCACCGAAUUCAAGCGCCAGUUUGGCAAGGUUGACUCAAACGGAAACUACUUCAUCGAAACACAAUGGCAGUCGGCUCUCAGUGGCGGAGCUAACGCUGCUGCGAUCCUCGGUGCCUGGGCUUCGUCCUAUAUUGCCGAUAUUUACGGCAGCAAGCCUGUUCUUCUUGUCGGGUGCUUGAUUAAUGUCGCCUCGGUCGGAGUGGAAUUUGCGACAACAUCUAUCGGCAUGUUCUUUGGCGGCAAGAUGAUAAAUUUCGUUGCGAUUGGAAUCUUUCAAAACAUCUGCACUGCCUAUGUGGCUGAUAUCUCGCCCCUAGCCAUCCGUGCGUCUGUGAUCGGAUUUUGCAAUCUUUCUCAGUGCAUCGGACCUUUUGUCUCGGCCAUCAUCACAUACUACAGCUCUAGUUGGAGCACAGCCUGGUCAUGGAAGGCUCUGAUCUGCGCACAAUGGGGCUUCGCUGCGAUCGCUCUUGUCGGUCAAAUCUUCAUGCCUGAGUCGCCGGUGUACCUUGUUCGCCGUGGCAAGAUUGAGGCUGCGCGCAAGGAGCUUGGUCGUCUGUACUCCGACCCUAGUGACGCAGAGGGCCAUUUGGCACGUAUUCAGCUCACCCUGGAAGAGGCAGAGACCCGGCGCAGCUCUUCCUAUCUUGAAUGCUUCCGUGGGACCAAUUUGCGACGUACGAUUAUCGCUGUUCUCGUCUUCUUGGCAGAGCCCAUGGCUGGUCUGGGUUUCGUGCAAAACUAUGGCUCGCUGAUGUACCAGUAUCUCGGCAUUGGCGAUCGUCAAUCCUUCUUGCUUCAGAUCGGCGCGCAGAUUCUGUCAAUUUCUGGAGCCACAUUUUCUUUCCUGAUUGGCGAUUUCUGGGGCCGACGACCUAUGUUUCUCUGGGGUUGCAUUUGUUUGACGAUACUGCUGAUCUGCAUGGGUAUCGCAGGCUCUGUCAAUGGAACUGCUGCUGUCACUGCCGCUGUCGGAUUCUACACGAUGUAUAAUUUCUUUUUCAACAUCGGCGUGGGGUCAAAUGUCUAUGCCAUCGCAGGUGAGGUGCCGACUUCCGUUCUUCGUACCAAAACGUUAGCGCUUUCCAUGAUUGUUUCGAGCGCAGUCAACACCAUGUGGUCUUUUGUCGCUCCAUACAUCUUCAAUCCCGGGUACGGUAACCUGAAAGCAAAGAUUGGGUUUGUCUUCGGAGGCUUCAUGGCCUUCUUCAUCCUGGGUGCAUUUUAUCUUGUUCCCGAAACCCGCAUGCGUACUUAUGAAGAGCUUGAUGAACUCUUCAUCAACAAGGUACCAUCGCGCCAGUUUAAGAAAUAUGUCACGGUGGCUGAGCGACGUGCCGCUGAGGCUUAUGCCACGGAGCACAAGAUCCCGGAAACCGAGGAGGCAUAA